AAAUCCGUUACCAGACAACCCCUCGAGUCUUUCAAGCAAUGCCAUGGAAAAUCGUCCAUGUUCCCGAAAAGCCUCCGAGUUCUUCUGAACUGUCGACUGUUGAUGUGCUUGCAUCUGUUAUUGAGCCGAAGCUCGCAAACACUUUGGUGAGGCAGCUGAAUCAAAUAUGUCCUCUUGAGAAUCUCCGUCAUGUGAAAAGGGUGCGGAGGAGAUCAGUUGAAGGAAAAGUGGAAUUAUCAGUGAUUUUAUGCAUUCACCAUGAACAUGUAAAUCUUGGUAUGGAAAUGCCAAAUGAUGUUCUUCAGCUUGCAAGUACUUAUGGGCUGAGUCCAUACAAGGCAAAAUCCUCCUGAGCUUACCGGACUAGAUGAAGAGGAGUCACAAUUGAUUAUCAAGUACAUGAAGUUUGCCAUGGGGUUGACGAAAACACCUAAUGGUAUGGUGGUAAAUGCAGCUGUUAUAGUUGAUCCUUUGGCAGGGGAAAUCAUUGCAACUGGUAAUGACCAAACUUUUUCUGGACUUCCUACAAUUGACACCAUUUCAAAUUAUGUUAAUGGCAGUGAGCAAUUGUCUUCCACUUCCUCGUUUCAUCCUAGUGGAAAUUCAUUUGGGAGCAUACCUGACGACUCGAAGUCAAAGUUGUUACCUUGUGGUCUUAAUAGUGUUUCUUGCAUCUAUCCUUGGCGAUGGGGUGAAGUAAGACCUGAUAACCAGAAAGAGAAAAGCCAAGGGAACUUUUCAUCGCAUCCUUUGAGGCAUGCUACCAUGGUAUCUAUCGAAAAUGCUGCUGCUAGAGAUAGACAGUUAUUCCCUUGCUUAGAAUCUCAGAAGGAUCUGCCUCUUCAAAAUGGUGGUGCUUGCGAUUGUUCUGACAAACAUCCAUCAAAACGACAAAAGAUCCUAUCAGAAAAUGGGGGCCUGAUUGCCGAGGAUGUGUCACUUGAAUGUUCGCCUUCUGAAGUAUUGAGACCUUAUUUAUGUACUGGUUUUGACAUCUACAUUGUAUGGGAGCCUUGUGCAAU